AUGAAUACACAACAGGUCCAUACUGUUUCGAGAACCGCUAUAGGCAAGGCGCAAGCAGACCUGAAGGAGAUGCCAACUGAGCCUCUUCUUCCGCCACAGAUCAGCGGGUCCUACAAAGUAAAUGAGCGAGUCAUCGCAGCAUUCCCCAUUCCCAAGACUCAAGUAAUAGACGCCUACAACUGCGGUAAAUCGCUCUGGGGUAAAGCGGCCAAGAUUGUUGUCCAGCUUCCCACCGGACAGACCGACAACUACUUCCUCAAGGUUGUAUCUCUAGGAAGCAUAGGAAGGCACAUGUGCGAAGGUGAAUACGAAUCGCUCAAAUCCAUCUAUGCAGUCUCCCCUUCAUUCGUUCCACACCCAUAUGGUUGGGGCCAGAUCGACGAAGGUUUAGCAGAGACGUACUUUCUGCUUGCGGCUUUCCGAGAUGUGGGAGAACAGCCUGCAGACCCAGUCAAUUUAGCUGCGGGUCUGGCAGACAUGCAUCAACGAUCCAUCUCGCCAACCGGCAAAUUCGGCUUUCACUUCUCCACGUGCCAUGCGCGUAUCGCUCAGGCUGUCGAUACCUGGGAAGAUUCGUGGUGCACUCUGUAUGGUCGGCACCUCGGCCAUGUCAUGGAGCUUGCUAAGCCAAUUCUCCAAUGGCCAGAGUUCGAUGUAGUCUGCGAUCUCACACUCCAGAAAGUGGUACCACGUCUCCUGUUGCCUCUCCAAGCAGAAGGCCGAAUCCUAAAACCAUGCCUUCUCCACGGUGACUGUUGGGACGGAAACACAGCAAUCGAAGCGAAGACAGGCGAGGCUUUCGUGUUCGACGUUUGCUCCUUCUACGGACACAAUGAGUACGACAUUGGCGAUUGGAGGGCACCGCGCCACCGCCUGAGCAGUGAAGCAUAUAUACGGAACUACAAGCAAAACUUCCCAGUAUCUGAGCCUGUGGAAGACUGGGACGCCAGAAAUUUGCUGUACUCGUUAACGUUCAACAUUGGUAACACUAUCUAUAUCCCAGGUUCACAGCAGCGCCAAAUCGUGUUUGACGAUAUGCAUAUGCUGUGCCACCUCUUCUGCCCAGACGAGCUGAAAGCUGCAAUGGACAAACUCAAAGGAGACUCUACUAUCAGUGAGAGCUCGCAAACAGGCCAUCCAACGAUGCAUCAGAAUGACGGUUUUGUGGAGGCCGAGGCGCAGGGAAAUGAAGAAGAGGAAGAGUGGCUGCUCUAG